AUGGCUACCCACCUGUGGCCCCUGUUAGGGUUUUGCAUUAAGGCCAGCUUGGCUGGUAGGUCUGUAUACUUCGUUUAUGAUCAGGGACUGCUGGAGUUGAGUUGCCAGGGUCAGGCUAUACUACGAAGGGCACAGGAGACAAUCCCAGUUGCCUUCAGCCAUUACUCAGACUUACUUUCGAAGCACAUGGGCAUCCGGCUGGAGCUCCCAUCCACUCCACAAUUCAACGUUAACCUCCAAGAGAGCUGGAACUCAGGCAUCAACAGCUUGAUGUUUUCACUGUCCACUGCUCCCUCAACGACCCAGGCAUACAGUCAUGAAGGCUGGAACUACCUGAAGGGCCAGAAGUGA